AUGUUAUCAACAAAAGGCACACCUGAACAAGUGAAAUUAUCAAACGCUGGUGAUAAUUCAAAUGAUAUUAAAGUUGCUAAUGAGGUGACGAGUGAACAAGAGGAUGUUCUGGAUGCGGAUAAAGUGUUAGAAAAUGUCAUCGAAAAGCAGGCGUACAGCAGAGAAGCGAUCACAAAACUGAAGCGACUUGCUGAUCACGGGUUGACGAUGUUCUCGAUAGUGCCUCUCAUUUCAGCACUUUGUGCGCUUUUCUCAGGUAAUUUCCGAUCGUGCUUGUGGAUUAGUGAUUAUAAACUACAUCUGUAUAUGGAAACCGCGAAAGUGAGUUGUUAUCUUGUUUCAGUUUCAUUCGCGGGGAAUAUUUAUUUCGCAGCGAAGCCAUCGUCUAUAGGACUACCCCAAAGUGCAUCGCUCACAGAGAAAGACGUACCCGUCUUGAACAGGAAUUUACUGGGACUAUCAGCUGAGGUACCACAACACUGGACGGGCACAAGUGAUAUUCUGUCGAGGCCGAAGGCAUUAGCCAUUGUAUCUGUAUCUGGCGUUAACACAUUGUCGUUACCAUCAAAUGAAGCCGUAUGCACUCUCAACGGAGAGGUUAGUAACCCAAUGGAUGGUGUGAGUGAAGUCCUUGAGAAGACUUUCGGUAAAGAUGGCUACCAGUGGUUAGAGGCAUCGUUCGGCAAAAUAAGUGGCACUGAGAUGGCUGCACAAGCUGAGAAAGCAACUAGUAAAGAAAUUAAAACAGCUGUUUUACCGUUGAGAAGUGAAAUCGAAGCCAUUUACAAAAUUGCAAACUCGCUAACCAAAUCUGGUGCUCAAUUGUCGUCCUCUCCAGCGUUGUUCAUGAUUCGUGUGGAGGGCUUAAGGAGCGCCGCACUGGUGUCGUUAGAGGAAUACGAAAAUGGUUUGCAAGAACUGCAAGAUGCCAUCGGUGUCCUAACAGAAGCAUUAUCUGCUUCAUUCGGUGAUCAAGCACUGGUUGAAGUCAUCACUGCUGAAGGUGCCGAUAUUGUGACUCCUGAUCUACCAUAUGCUGAGGCAAAACACAAUAUCCAUAAACGAGAAGCUACUGGAGAUUCGGAUAUGGAUGAGGUAACAAGCGUUGGGAAUUUUCAUGUUCUUAUUAUGUGCACGUUAAUGAUAUUCCAUGUUCUUAUGAGGAAUUUAAUAAUUCAACUGAUUAAUUAUCCGAAGCAUGUUUGUAUAUAUUGGGAACUGACAUGCAAUNAUUAUUUGAAGGGUAAACGUAUCAUGGGGCUGCGUAGUACACUCAACGUCUAUAAGGUAUGUGAUUUCAAGUGGUCAUUAUCUGCUUUCAUUAUUCUGCAGCACGACAUUGAAUUUCAGUUCACUUCGUCCGAUUACCCAGCGAUAUUCGCCAUAUUUGCUGGUCUCAUAAUCAUCCUUGUGCUGGCAGUACUCUUCAUUGCGGUCGGUAUUUGGAAUAUGGAUCCUGGAAAAGAUUCCAUUAUCUAUCGUAUGACAACAACUCGGAUGAAGAAGGACUGA